AGGUGCAUCCUCCACGUUCAACGGACAUCCGCUCUGGAGACGAAUUAGACCUGACUAUGAGCCUAUCCGCCCUGCCUCGCCAAGACCUCUUAGAAAAGGCCAGCGAUGUAAUCAUAUACGAUUCGACUGGCAAAGCUGUGAAGUUCGGUGAUCUCUUCAAGGAACGAGAGACAAUCGUAGUUUUCAUACGCCAUUUCUUCUGCGGAACAUGUCAGCUAUAUGUAUCCCAACUGGCGACCGUCAAGCCAGAAUCGCUGGAACAGGCUGGAAAGGACCUUGUCAUCAUCGGUUGCGGUGACUUCCAACCAAUCAAAGCAUAUUGCGAAACAACAGGAUACAAGGGGAAGAUAUAUGCCGAUCCCUCACGCGAACUGCACCGCCUUUUCGAGCUCACUGAGAGUCUCGAACGGACGCCUGAAGGCCAGCAGAAGAGGGCUUACGUCGCGAAUAGAUCGUACCUCGGAGGGGCAUUCAGCAGUAUCUUGCAAGGUCCUCUGAAGCAUCUGCAGCAUAUCGGAAAGCAGGGAAAUAUAUCCCAACUAGGCGGCGAGUUCAUUUUAGGCCCCGGUAACCAAUGCUCUUAUGCAUCUCGUAUGCAACAUACCGAAGACCAUGUAGACGUUGCUGAUCUGAUGCGAGAGGCUGGCGUGCAGUAUCCCUGAUUUUUUCAAAGUUUAAAGGCUCGACGUGUAGUAGUUAUACCCAUGCAUAUCAUGUUCUCCUGCCAUUGGCAACAUUGACUCUCAGUGUUCCGUAUCCUCGGGAGAACAUAGUAUGAGAUGCCAAUUCCGUGAGAUGAGGGUACUUAUGCUACGAUCUACACAUACAUAAUAUACACUCCGAUGUCCAAAGU